UUCAAAAUGGCGACUUGCAGGAUUUUUAGCUGAAAGGCUUUCCCGAGGAUUUUACGAUAAAUCAUCUUUCUUCGUCACAUAUUUAUCGAACUGUUGUUAUUUAAUUCCAGCGGAUUAGUUCGAUCGUUACCGGAAAAUGGGAAAGAAGCACAAGAAACACCAUAAGUCCGAGAAAAGAUGCUAUGAAGAGAAACCUCUCAAAUUAGUACUGAGGGUUGGUAAUCCAAGUCAGGAAGUAGUAGACUUUGCUGAUGAAAAGUUUACUGAAGAACCGAUCUAUAAUAAAGAACAUCAUCAUAAAAGUUCAAAGAAAAAAAAGAAGAAAAAGUCGCAUGAAAAACAUGAAAAGCACAGACAUCAUGAAAAAAGGGACAAAUCAAGUAAGAAACGUGAAAGAGAAAUUGAAGAUGUUGGGUUUGGUCACAUUGACAGGAUUGCCUCCCCUCCAAGGAAGAAGCCAUUUAUUAGCCCACUACCAGAAAGAAGGUUCUUACCAAACAGGCUAUGUAGAGAGAAAGAAAAAGAGCCAGAAACAACACCGCUGAAAAAGAUUCUUGAGGUAAUACAUCGUCAGUUGCAAAGAAAAGACCCAAAUCAAUUCUUUGCAUGGCCGGUAACUGAUAUAAUAGCUCCGGGGUAUUCCAGCAUCGUACAACAUGCUAUGGACUUUAGUACAAUGCAGCAACGACUAGACAAUGACGAGUAUCAUAGUAUUGAGUCAUAUAAGGCUGAUAUGAAACUUAUGUGCGAUAAUGCUAUGCUGUAUAACAGACCUGAAACUAUCUACUAUAAAGUUGCCAAAAAAUUAUUGAAUUAUGGAUUAAAAAUUAUGAGUAAGGAGCGAAUUAUACCACUGAAGCGUGCUAUGGGUUUUGAAAUUGAUGAUGAUGAUCAUCCAAUUACUACUUCUAUUAAAAUUAAAAGACCGAAACGGGAAGAACCAUCCACCGAUGAUAGUGCUAUGGAUAUUGAUAUUGUUGAAAAUGAAGAGGUUCCUAUCUUACACCAAGAACCAGAAGAUCAGAACAGUGCAAUUGAGAAGGUAUUUGAGCCUCUAGAAAAUAUGGAUGAAGACGAUGGUCUUACACCAGAGGAAAUUGUAGAUAAAGUUACGCAAGCUGCUCAGCAUGCUAAAGAAAAACUUUCAAGGAGGUGUCCAAAUAGUAAAAUCGGUUUUCUCCGAAGACAAAAAGAUGGCACCACUACUUUGGCUGUAGUUAACCCGGAAUGUGGUGUUGAAUCAGGUGGAGAAGUUCACCCAGUUAAUUUAGGCUUACUGGUUGGAAAAUUAACAGCAGGCUCUAGUUCUAUCGCAGGAUUUCGAGAAGAUAAAAGGAAUAAAGUUAAUCCAGUAUCCUAUUUAAUGUACGGGCCGUUUGGUUCCUAUGCACCCACUUAUGAUUCUAGUUUUGCUACUAUAAGUAAAGAAGAUUCAGAUUUACUAUUUUCUACGUAUGGUGAUCAAACAGGAAUACAGUAUGCUGCAAGUUUACAGUCUUUUGUGAAGGACACUGGAGAUUAUAGUGUCACAUUAGCUAAUGGUCUUCUAGACAAUCUGACAAAUGGUGAACACUCAAAGACACUAAAGAAACUCAAAGAGAAAGAGGAGGAGGAGUUGAAAAAGCUGAAAGAAGAUGAAAAAAAGACGACAGAGGAUAAGGAAAACGAUGACAGGGUGGCAAACGAGACUGAGACAGUUGCUGAUAAACAGGUCGAAAGGGUAGCUGUGAAAGAGGAACCAAGUGAAAAAUCAUCUGAACUGUGUCAAGAACUCAAUACGGAAAACACAAUUAAGCAGGAACAUGCAAUGGAGCCAUUACCAGAAAUAGAUUUUGAGGCAUUGAAAUCGUUAUCGGAUAUCGGUAUUGAUAUGUCUUUUCUCCCAUCUAUGGAAAAAGACUUGUCAACGGAAAAAGAAGAACUGGUUAUGCCGAGUGAAAAGUGUGUACAAGAGAAAUUGAAUGAGACCAGUGAUUUAAUACAAGAUUUAGAGAAGUCCCAACAUGAACGGUUGAGUAAAAAACCCCCAUCAAAUUUGCAGUAUAUUAGUGGUCCAUCUGAUAAAGAAUGCGAGAUUGCUGAGAGACUUGCACAGCAGUUGAAAGAGUUAACAGCACAGGCUGGUCCUGGAGGAGUGGUUUCAAGUCAAUCAGUACGCACUGCUAUGGGUGUCACUAUACCCGACACUGUGGCUGCAACACCACCGACAACAACAACAACAACAACAACGUCAACCCCUGGGAACAAUGAAAUAGAUCUCAUACCUGACCUCUCACCUCCCUCACACAUGAGUGCAGAAGAAGAAGCUGAAAUUGAUAGAGAACUUAGGGAGUUCUUAGAGUCCCCUAGCAUUGCAACAGAUGAUCCGAAAACAUGAUAGAAACACUGACUAUGAAUAUUAAAGAUUUUAAAAAUUAUAUGGUCUGCAUAAAUUAUGAACUGUUUAAAUAUUUUAACGUGGUGGCUUUUUUGAAUUUUUCUUAUCCAAAUGGACUAGACUGUGAGGCAGUGUCUGAAAACUCAUCACCGCCCUCACACAUUUUGGAUGUCUUCAUACUGAAAUCAUUAAAUGAACACAAUGUAUGA